UUAACUCAUAAGUCGUGUUUCAAAAAUGCAAUGAAAUCUAAUAAACCAUAAAACGCAGACUUUUAGGUAUAAGAUAUAAUACAAAGCAAAUUAAUCACACAAUACUCGUUGGAAACACUUCACUAUUUUUGUUGUUUCACCAAGUUAUACCCUUAAGUUAACUUAUAUUCUACCAAGUUAUUACAAUAAAGUAGCACUAAUAAACCAUGGCCUACCAAAACGCGGACAGUAGGCACCGGAACCUACAGCGAGGCAUGUACGCCGGGUGCGGUGUGGCCCUGGUGUCCGCGGUCAUUGUGUUUGCCUUACUCAUGAUAGUCCUCAAUAAUAUUAACAGCCUUACAACCGGGUAUUACACCGAGGACUCUAUUAGUACCGCCAGAUCUAUAUUCAUAUCGUUUGGUGUGUUGACUAUAAUACUGGAACUGCUGGGUAUAGGCGCUGCCAUGAAGGAGGUCUACUUGCUGUGUAUUAUCUACGCUGUACUGUCGUCAGUGCUGGCAGGUCUGUGCCUAUACGGCGGUAUAGCUGGCGCUGGAGGUCUGCUCUGGUAUCUAAUGGUCGUAUUCUUCGUGAGCGGCUGUUUUGGCUCAUACUUUGCCAAAGAUAUUAAACGACUCGAGAAGUUGGCCCAAAAUACCACUGUUUACGUGUCGGGAAUGCCGGGUCAACCUAAUUAUGGUUAUCAAAUACCACCCUCAGGACAGGUACCCAACUACGGACCACCCACACAGGGAAUGGCACCAAAUGGCCAGAUGUAUAUGACUGAACCUACCGGGCCUUAUCAGCAAUCGCAACACCAGCCCAUGGGUACUGGCUAUCACUCAUCGGUGGGUAAUUCUUAUGGACAGUCAACACAACAGCCCCCUAGUUAUGGACAGUCCUCGACAGGUGCCGGACAACCUAAUCUGCAUGUAUUGGGUGCCCAUGAUCCUAACUACCCACCCGGUGCUGGUGAGCAUAAGACUAUGCAAUAAAGCGCCAGUAGUUUUUUGUGUAUGGGUGUUGUUUUUCUGUAACCACCAUAACAUUAUUCUGU